AUGGUACCUGCUGAUCCGGACGGGGGCAUGCUUGUACCCCAUUGCGAUGACGAUGAUUUGAGUUUCUGGUGCCGACAGGUUUUCAAUGAUGAUCACUCCCAGUCCAUAGUCCCAGACAAUUUUCUCGUUGGUUCUCUGCCUGAUGACCUACUGUCUUUUGACUUACCAUGGAAUACCGUUGGCGACUACACUGAUGUCACAACUCACGAGAGUCACCCUCGCUCCAGCCUCCCAGAUGCCUCUUCCUCUGAAUCCCCCCAGCAGCAACCACAGCCGCAACCUGCCGCCGAAACAGGUUAUCCGUCAUAUGAGAGUCUGAGGCCCAAGAAUGGAACUCGCUUCUCUAAGGAGGCGCUCAAGGUUCUUAAAGACUGGCUCUCCUCUCACAGUGAUCAUCCCUAUCUUGACGAUGAAGACAGGGAGAUGCUACAGCGUCAGACAGGCCUCAACAAAACCCAGAUCUCGAAUUGGCUCACCAAUGCUCGCCGUAGACGCAAGGUGCAACGACCCAGGUCUACCUCACCUUAUGUUCGUAAUACCUGGACCGGGCCUAUCGAUAUUCCCCAGCGUCCAGAUACGCCUGCCUUCCAGAACAAUACAGAUAACAUGAACCCGCUUGAGCGUUGGGUGGAUUCACCUCCAGAAAAUGAACCGGCUUCCGUCACCGCGAUCGCUCGUGCUGUCGCCUCAAACUCGCAUGCUUCCUCGGGGCAGAACAGUCCGCGCUCUUUCGCUUCCACAGAUGACGGAUCUAACCCUUCACUUUACAACUUCUCCUCGGCGAGCAGUGCUGGCACUUCGAGUGGUGCCUCGUUCGGUUCCGUGACAAGGCAGCGUGGCCGCCGCCGGAGGAGGCCCGUUACUAAGCGCAAGGAGAAACCCUACUCGGCCGUGGCCCUCAAGAAGUUCCAGUGUACGUUCUGCACAGACACCUUUGGGACCAAGUACGACUGGCAGCGGCAUGAGAAGUCUCUACACCUCUCUCUGGAACGAUGGAUGUGUGCCCCUAAUGGCCCUCGGGUCCCGGAUCCCCAGAGCAACCAGAUCUGCUGUGCCUUCUGCGGCGAAGUUGAGCCCAGCGAUGAUCACAUCGAAAGCCAUAACGUCUUGGCCUGUAUGGAGAGGCGCCCUGAAGACAGGACAUUCUAUCGUAAGGAUCACCUGAAUCAGCACCUAAGGCUCAUGCAUAACGUCAAAUUUCUUGACAGGACCAUGAAGUCCUGGAAGGUCACUGGACCUGAUAUACGAUCGCGAUGCGGGUUUUGCGGUAUCGCAAUGUCUAGUUGGUCCAUUCGAGUGGACCACCUUGCGGAACACUUCAGGAAGGGCGACACGAUGGCCUCGUGGAGGGGAGAUUGGGGCUUCGACCCUCCAGUGCUCAAGAUGGUAGAGAACUUUAUUCCUCCUUAUCUGAUCGAGAAUGAUCGCCGCUCUCCAUUCCCUUAUAUCGCAACCGCCGCGAAAGCCGAGACGCCCGAGAGCUCGUAUGAGUUGAUGAAUCCGGAGGCUCGACGCCGGGAGUUGAAUGAGAUAGCACGAAAGUAUCCCUGCUCUGAAAUAAUUGCAGGAAAAGCGGGAGCCUUCUUCUUGACCGAUGUCAACUGUUACCGCCGCCUAAAUCGCGAGUUGACUCGCUGGGUCACUUCCAUCAUGUCACUCAACAAUCCGAACUGCCACGUACCCACCGAUGCUGAGAUUCAGCAUCAGGCUCGGUGCAUAAUCUUCGAUGACGACGACCCAUGGAACCAGACGGCUGCUGACAACGCCGAGUGGCUGUUGCGAUUCAAGCGUGAUGUUGGUAUCCUGCCUUCAGGACCUGGCCUCCCGCUGGACAUCAAUUCGUGGAGCAUCAUCGACGGCGGGACAGGUUUCGCACCUCCAUUCGCCUUCCCCAACCAGAAAAUGCUGCACGCUACUUCAUCCUCCCCUGCCUCGUCCAGCGCAGCCACGACGUCUCAAAGCUCCGACAAGGUUGCAAUAUUCGUCGGAAAUGAUGAGGCGCCCUUCGAGACAAACCAGGCUUUGUUGGACGGAUAUAUCGAGACCUUUGCAUCGCGCUACGAUCGCCCCGCCACAGUGUUUUGCUCACGGGAGCUCGAAAACGGCCUAGUGAACUUUGUCGAGGCAGAGAUUGCACGUGGCGCUGGGUUCCCCUCAGAUGAGGCCCUCAGGUUGCGCGGCCGUGAGAUUCUUGGAACAGACAAGACAUCGGCAGAUGAUCCAAGUCUUCUUGAAAAGUUCAAGGCGUGGAUGUUCAGUCAAUGGCAACAGGAGCAGACUAUGUCCUCGGAUGUACCACCUAAUCCUGAUACUAGCCUGACCAGCGCGGAGAUAGAUAGCAUCCUUGCUGAGGUAAACUUUGAUAUGACGUUGUGA